AUGCCUUUCAACACGGCCCUCACCCGCAAGUUGGGCAUUCGCGUCCCUGUUGUGCAGGGUGGUAUGCAGUGGGUUGGAUAUGCCGAGCUGGCCUCGGCUGUCAGCAACGCCGGUGGUCUGGGUUUGCUCACUGCCCUCACUCAACCCACCCCUGAAGACCUGCGCAAGGAAAUCCGACGAUGCCGUGAAAUGACCAAGUACCCCUUCGGUGUCAACCUGACCCUCCUCCCCGCCAUGGUUCCCCCCGACUACGGUGCCUACGCCCAGGUCAUCAUCGAUGAGGGCAUCAAGAUAGUCGAGACUGCCGGCAACAACCCUGGCCCCGUCAUCAAGCAGCUCAAGAAGGCGGGCAUCACCAUCCUCCACAAGUGCACCACUAUCCGCCACGCCAAGUCCGCCGUGAAGCUGGGUGUUGACUUCCUCUCCAUCGAUGGCUUCGAGUGUGCUGGCCACGUCGGCGAGCACGAUAUCACCAACUUCAUUCUCCUGAGCCGUGCCCGUCAGGACCUCGGCGUUCCUUUCAUUGCUUCUGGUGGUUUCGCCGAUGGCCACGGUCUGGCUGCUGCCCUGGCUCUCGGCGCCGAGGGUAUUAACAUGGGUACCCGCUUCAUGAGCACCGUCGAGGCUCCUAUUCACCAAAAUAUUAAGGAGACUAUCGUCAAGGCGCAGGAGACCGACACCGCUCUUGUGCUGCGUCGGUGGAAGAACACUUCCCGCCUGUUCGCUAACAAGGUCACCCAGGACGCUCUUAAGAUUGAGAAGGAGAGCACGACUGGUGACUUUGCUGAGAUUGGCCCCUAUGUGAGCGGCAAGCGUGGUCGCCAGGUCUUCCUGAACGGUGACCCCGACUAUGGUGUCUGGACCGCUGGCCAGGUUAUUGGCCUGAUUCAUGAUAUCCCGACCUGCGAGGUCCUGCUCCGUCGUAUUGAGAAGGAGGCUUUGGAGUCUAUGACCCGUGCCCGGAGUCUGUACAGCGACGCCCCGGCUGCUAAGCUGUAA